GCGGAGCUUAACAUAUGAGCACUUUGUUAGUUACAGCAGAAUCAGACCUGACGGGACAAGAGACACACACAGACACACACCACAGAGAGAGGGAGACAGACAGAGGAAAAUGACCUUACACUGGAAUAUACCACAACUGACUACACACUGCAAAUACCAUGGACUCUGAAUCUCUGGACCGCUGCAUCCAGAGUGCUCUCUCAGCCCUCUACCCGCCUUUCCAGGCCACAUCUCCGACCGUCCUCUGUCAGGUCCUCAACGUGGUCGAGAGCUGCUACAGAGGAGACGGUCUUCGCUACCUGAUCCACUUCCUGCUGCCUGCAAAGCAAUUCUUAGCAAACCUCCAGCAAGAUGCCUGCGUGAAGUACUGUGGUCUGUUGUUCCGUCAUGAAGGCUGGCCUCUGUGCGUCCAUGAGAAGGUAGUCGUUCAGCUCUGUCCUCUGGACCCGUGCCUUCUCCUUCCAGGAGACUUCUACCUGCUGGUUUCUCCUCCUGCUGCUGUCCCUCCACCACCUCGAGCACGAGGCGCCUCCUGCAGGAGCACUGUCGCCGCCUCCCCUCGUCUGCUCCUGUGCAGCUUGUCAGCCAGCAGCCAUCAUGUGGAGCAGCAGGAGGUGUUGGAGAUAGCCCUGAGAUCUCUCUUCAGCAUGGCCUGGCUGGACUCGGUCAACAGAGAGAGGGAGCACCAAGGAGCGUCCAGGUUGGAGCGCUGCCUCCUCUCUGCCAAUGGAGACGUCUUCAGGGUCCCUUGGGAGGACCUUGUUUACCCACAAUUCAUCAGCCGGCCCCGGACCUCACUGAAGGAAGAUCAGGAAUCAUCAGUUAAGGAUGGAGAUUUGCUAAUAAAUACGUCAACCAAUCAGUGCAGAGAUACUGAUACCUCAAGACAGGAUGUUAAGCUCCUCCCAUCUUCGACUAACACUGAGAAAUCACAAGCAAGCAGCGACGACUCGGACUCAGAGGGCGAAUAUGUGGAGCUGUCGGAGCUCCCGCUGCCUCGCUUCUCCCCUCAGAAAGGCUCCUUAACGCAGUCCAUCAGCCUGCAGCACAGAGCCCGCACCAGCACACACACCGCUGCACACACACCUCAAAACACUCCCACAACCACUGACACACACUCCUCUGUCAACACACAACCGCAAAACACUCACAAAUGCAUCAAUACACAUGCUGUGAGCACAAACACGCCUCAAAACAUUCAACCACUGACUGCUGCUAUAACACACACUCCCAGAACUGCUCACACAAACACCACACACUUGUCCUGGGCCUACGAGGAGGUCAGUUCCGCCACUGUACUGUGCUCCAGGCUCAUCGAGGAGAUCCCCAACCAGGACUUCAAUGAACCGGUCAUCCUCACCCCAAUCUCCAGCACCUCCCCCUCCUCCUCUGCUGCUCCUCCUGAAGUUGUGAAAACCUCCAGCUGGAUGCCACUGGAGCAAAUAGAAGGUACUGAUCCAGAGGGGAGUCUGAAGACACACACUGAAUCUGCAAACUGCACAGAACAGACAGAGAAGCAUGAUUUGAAAGAGAGCAAGGAGGAGUUUGAAGAGGAGAAGCGAGGGAAAGAGGAGACAGAGGGGGAGGGGGAGCUGAUGGGACAGGAGGAGAGGCAUGAAAUGUUAGAGAAUGAGGGUGAAGAGAAGGAAGAAGAGCAGGUGGAGGACAGAGAGAGUAAAAGGCACACAUACAAAGCUGAAGAGAGAGGAGAAAUUAAGGAGUAUGAAAGUGAGACAGAGGAAGAGUUUGAUGAGGAGGAAGAGGAUGAGUCAGAGGAGGAUGGAGCAGAGGAGGUGGAGGUAGAAGAGGAGGUUCAAGUUACAAUUGUGCAGCAAAGUCAAGAAAGACGGGAGGAGGAGCAGCAAGUGAUGAAAGAAGAGGAGAGAGAAGGAGGAGAAGAGAGAGGAGGUGAACGAAAACACAAAGAUCAGGAAGUUUACACACAAGCUGAGAGCUCUGCAAACGAUGCACAACACACGCAUUCUGAAGACUCUUAUUGUGAAAAUAAUACACAACACACAAACUCCUGUUCUGAAAAUAACGCAAAUCACACACACUCUGAGGUCUCUUAUUGUGAAAACAGAAGGCAAUUUAAGGAGUCCAUCACACCUCACGAACUUUCUGAGGGCUCUUUUUCUGAAAGUAACAUAACACACACAGACUAUAAAGACUCUUAUUCUGAAAAGGAUGAACAACACACACACUCCGAGGACCCUUUUUGUCAGAAAACCACACAUGUAGAAAAGUCUCAAACGCACCACGAACAGCCUGAGGAUUCCUAUUACGAAACGAACACUCUCCAAACUCACUCAGAAGACUCUAAAUGUGAAAAGAGCACACAAGAAACCCAAUCUGAGGGCUCUGAUUCUGUAGGGAACAUAACACAGAUCCAGGCUGAAGACAUGCAUACUGACAAUAAGACACAACAAAAUCAGUCUGAAGACUCUAAAUGUGAAAAGAGCACAGAAGAAACCCAAUCUGAAGGCUCUGAUACUGUAGGGAACAUAACACAGAUCAAGGCUGAAGACAUGCACACUGACAAUAACACACUUCAAAAUCAGUCUGAAGACUCGUAUACGGAAGUAAACACACUCAAAGCCCUUGCCGACGACUCUUGUUCUGAAAAGAACACAUUUCAAACACACCCUGAGGAGUCUAACACACCAGCGCUGCAUCCGGACUCAUCUGGGAGUCUAUGUGAGGAGUCUGAAAAUGCACAGGAGAAGCUGACGGAGGAGAAGGAGGAAGAGGAGGAGGCAGCGUGCUGCUGUGAGGAGGUUGGUGGAGGAAGAGCUGCCGAGCUUCCAACUGAAGGCUCCGUCAGUGAGCUGCCUCCUGCACAGCCACAUCUCAUUCAGUCUGCUGGUCCCAGCACAACAAAACCAGCACCACCUCCACCUGCUCCACAUCAGGAGCAGUCAGCUGUGCCCACAGUCCCAGUGCGCUUUACCCAGUCCUCCAAGUCCUCCCAGUCCAAGUGGUCCAGCUUCUACAGCGUGCUACUCAACUCUGCAGCUCUCUGUCUGCCUGGAACCAGAGAUCGUAGCGGUCGGGCUCUGCUGACCGUCUGCCCUAGCAACACCGUGUGGUCAAAUCCCGACUGUGACAGCGCAGAGCUGCUCCGCCUCCUGCUCUACUACACAUCCACCCUCAGGAAGGAUGUGGCAGCGUUGGGACUGACUGUGCUGGUGGACGCCCGUAGAGCUGCUCCUGCCCCCGCCCUGUUCUCCUCCCUCAGGUCCUUACAGGAGAACAUACCAGGCUCAAUCCACUCCGUGCUGCUGCUGGUCAACAAGGACUCGUCUCUGCGUCCGGACAAACCUGCAGCACUACAGGUGGAGGUGUUGAGCUCUCUCAAGUCUGUUCAGAAACACGUGGAGCUCCGUCAGCUUCCUGCAGAGUUUGGAGGAUCGUUCAGCUUCAGUCAGAGCAGCUGGCUCUGCUUCAGAUCGAGAGUGGAGCAGCUGACCAAUCAGUGUGAAGACGUCAUCAACCUGCUGCAGAAAACUAUCAACAUCCUGCAGUCCACUCCUCUACCUGCUGCAGCUCAGGAUGCCGAGCUGUUGCUGUCCAGGUACAAGGCUGUGAUGCGCAGCAUUCUCGAAGACAGCCGAUUGGUGCAGCUGCAGCAGGAGGGCGGAGCCUUGCUGUCGCGACUCCGCAGAGAGGAGAGCAGCCUCAGCGAGACUGAAGAUUAUCGGGCGGCGGUGGAGACGGUGUCGACUCUGUACGACGAGGUGGACGAGCUGCUCCACCGCCUGGUGACGCUCUCCAACUCCAGGACUCAGGAGCUCAAUUUCAUCCUGGAGUUCAGCCGACUGGAGCAAGGUUUCACAGAGGUGAGGUCGUGGCUGGAGCAGGUCGGGGAGGUUAAUCUGAAGAGUCUGAAUGAACCGGACGAUUCUCUGGAGCUUCUGAACAAAAAACAACAAGACUUCAAAGCUUUCCACAGCACAGCAUACGAGCAAUGCAGUCGAGGCGAGGCGUUACUGAGUCACGUCGAGCGUUGGGGCGACAUGUCAUCAGCUGACCUCCACGUCUACGAGGAUAAAAUUCAUUCUUUCUUUGCUCAGCUUCAGGAUUUCUCUCAGCGGGUCAAAACCACAGGCAGGAACAUCGAGCAAGCCGUCUGCCUCUAUCGCUUCUUAGACCAGGCCUAUGGCUGGGCUUUGGAGGGUAUGCGUCACCUAGCUGGAGUCAGUAUGGAGGAGUGCACGCUGCCGGACAAAUGCCAGGCGGUGAUCGACUGCCUGGAGGACUACCAGCGCCAGCACCCACCUAUCCCAGACGGCCGUUUUCAGGAGAUGAAGGCGUUGGCAGAGGAGCUGCGGGGCGAGCGAGGCCUCCGUCAGUGGAGCUUCGCCUGGUCAAAAUGUCAGGAGACAAAGAAGAUGUUUGACAGGAAGAUGGAGGCGGCGCUCAGGACACGAGACUCCGCCCACAGACAGAGAUCUGACUCUGCCGUCAGCAGGAGCUCCGUCUCCUCCAGGAAAUCACUGUCAGGACUUUUGGGGGUCUUUGAUAAGUCCUUAACUUUCUCAUCUUGCCCCCCUGAGGAGAGCAACUCCUCGCCUCCUCGCAGCACUUCCUACUCCCAUCUCUCCAACACUCCUCAACACACCCCACUCCUCCAGCGUCUGUUCCGCAGCCCCUCCUCCGAGGAGUCAUCAGAUCUGGUGGAUAUCUGUUCCUCCAGUCCCAGUCUACCCCGCCUCGGCUCCUGUCACAGCUUCACACCCUCCUUCGCCUCGUCCCCCUCCUCAACCUCCUCAUCCUUCUCCUCCAGCAGGCGGCAGCAGUUAAGAAAGACUCAGAGCUUCGACUGUCCCUCCACCCCAGAGUCGUCACGGUACGGGCCCAACCCCCGCACCCUCAGCGAGCCGGUGCGUAGAGGAAACACGGGCGUGUUCAUCCGCGGUCUUGAGGUCAGCAGCUCUGAGGCAGCUGACCACACGCUCUGCCCCAGGACACCUGCUCACAGCUGGGCAGUGCAGGGACUAAGCAACCCUGGGACACCCGGAACCCCAAGAAUCAAUGGCAGCCCGGCAACAGAGUCCAGACCCAGGGGGAGUAAGCUCCGGCACGUCGUCGAGGAGAUGGUGACCACGGAGAGGGAGUACGUCCGCUCUCUGAGUUACAUCAUCCGUCACUACUUCCCCAUGAUGGACCGGGCCGACCUUCCUCAGGACCUGCGGGGAAAACGCUCAGUCGUGUUCGGAAACCUGGAGAAGCUUCUGGACUUCCACAGUCAGUUCUUCCUGAACGAGCUGGAGGCGUGCUGGAAACACCCGCUCCGAGUGCCACACUGCUUCCUCAGACAUCAGGAGCAGUUCAGUCUGUACGCUCUCUACAGCAAGAACAAACCAAAAUCUGACGCUCUGCUCGCUCUGCACGGACACUCCUUCUUCAGGAGGAAGCAGGUGGAGUUGGGGGAUAAGAUGGACCUCUCCUCCUACCUGUUGAAGCCUGUCCAGAGGAUGAGUAAAUAUGCUCUGCUCCUCACUGACCUCAUGAAGGAGGUGGGCGCGGCUCAGGAGGCGGAGCAUGUCGCCCUGCAAGCCGCCACCAACAUGGUCAAGUUCCAGCUUCGUCAUGGCAACGACUUGUUGGCAAUGGACGCCAUCCGAGACUGUGAUGUAAAUCUGAAGGAGCAGGGUCAGCUGAUCCGUCAGGACGAGUUCACUGUCUGGACGGGGAGGAGGAAAUGUCAGCGCCACGUCUUCCUGUUUGAGGAGCUCGUUCUCUUCAGUAAACCCAAGAAGAUGGAGGGAGGGCUGGACGUCUUCAUCUACAAACACUCCUUCAAGACAGCAGAUGUGGGUCUGACCGAGUCGGCAGGAGACAACGGGCUCCGCUUUGAGAUCUGGUUCAGAAGGAGGACGUCUAAGAACCAGACCUUCAUUCUGCAGCCCGCCACAGCUGAGGUCAAACACGCCUGGACGACCGGCAUCGCCCGAAUCCUGUGGACGCAGGCCACCAAGAACAAAGAGAGUCGUCUGAAGGAGAUGGUGUCGAUGGGAGUGGGAAGUAAACCUUUUCUGGACAUCCAGCCGAGCGAUGCGGCCAUCAGUGACCGUGCCGUUCACUACAUCAUGAAGAGCAGAGGUGCCAGAACGCGAGCGUCCAUCGCCGUCUCUGUCUUCGAUCACUCGAACCCUUUCAAACGAGGAUCGGGGACCUCUGAAGCUGCGGCCUCAGGACCCUCUUCAUCCGGCCUGCUCGGACCGCUCAACCUGCACAUGCACAUGUACAGUCAAACCCUCUCCUCGUCUCCUGCUGCAGAGAGCUCCUUCAUCACUUCCUGUAUCGAGGAAGACGAGCAGGAGCACGAGACCAGCAGCCAGCCCUCCAUGACCACAGAGAGUUCAGGCUCGUCGUCUCGCUGUCUCUCGGGCUCCACCGGCUCAGACAGCGGGUGCGUCUCCUCCAACCUCCAGGAGGCGCUGCAGGAGGAGCCGAGCCCCCCCAGCCAGCCCCCCUCCUACUGCUCCUCCUCAAACAAACAGCAUCUCAACAGCCCGUACAUUUCACCUAAAACGGCUCCGGUCAUCAGCCCGGCCACCAUCGUGUGAGUCUGCUGACCUGACGGACUCAUAGGUCCGUCUGCUUCGUGCUGAAGUUUGGAGUUUCCUCACAGAUUUGAAUCAGCGAUGUUUGAUUGUCAGAUGUUUGUUUCAUUGUGUUCAUGUUGUUGAGCUCCGGUAGAGUUUGUUUUUGUAAAUAAUGACUGUUAGAGUUUAAUAAAUCUCCUCUCUGUAGUUCGACUCCUCACAGCUGCAGUGUGAUGUCUCUUGAUUGUGCUGAUGAGGCGACUGGUCUGUCAGGAGCACGCGCGUCCCAGCUGUGAGGAGUUCAGGUUUGUGUCUGAGCUGGUCCAGGAUCAGCUGGACUUAACUGUACAUGUGUGUAAAUAAAACCACAGCUGAGUGUCUGCUGUCACUUUUCUUACUUGAAUAAUAAACAUGAGUUUGUUUCAAACUGA